AUCUAUAAAUACCACCCCCUACUUCUCACUUCUCUUCACCCCAAACCCACUCUUUACGUACCAAUCAAUCCUCGUCCUCCUCCUUUGUUCAUUAAUUCAGACACUCUAGCAUCAUGGGUGCUAUCACUUAUGAAAUGGAGGUCACCUCUUCAAUCCCUCCGGCCAAGAUGUUCAAGGCUUUUGUCCUUGAUGUUGAUAACCUCAUCCCUAAGGUCCUUCCACAAGCCAUUAAGUGCGUCGAAAUAAUUGAAGGAGAUGGAGGGCCAGGAACGAUCAAGAAGAUUAAUUUCGGUGAAGGCAGCCAAUUCAACUACGUGAAGCACUGGAUCGAUUCAUUGGACAAAGAGAAUUUCACAUACUGUUACACCAUAAUUGAAGGAGAUGCUUUGAUGGACAACCUUGAGUCAAUCUAUUAUGAGGUGAAGCUGGUGGCCUCUCCUGAUGGAGGAUCCAUCUGCAAGAACAUCAGCAAGUACCAUACCAAAGGCGACAUCCAGAUCACAGAAGAUCAAAUCAAGGCUGGCAAAGAGAAGGCUAUGGGCAUGUUCAAGGCCAUUGAAGCCUAUCUCUUGGCCAAUCCUGAUGCCUAUUAAGUAAAAUUGACCGUAUUGAGAUUAUCUUUAAUUUGUGUCAUUCCUUCAUAUACAUCAGUUAAAAGGCUUGGCUUUGAUAUAAAUCCUACCUUGUGGCUAAAACCCUCCGGCUUGGUAAUAAGAGUUUUGUGGGUGUGUGAUUAUUGAACUUGGCUUGUAAUAUUUGAUUGGAAUGAAGAGCAUUGG